AUGUGUCAUGAAGGUUUUCUACACUUUCUAUCCUCUCCAGAUUCCCUAAAAUCCAUAUGCCACGUCAUCACCUAUAUCGAAGUCCCAUUUCACAUUUUUGGUGUCUACUGUAUUGUGGCAAAAACUCCGGGAAGAAUGAAAAAUGUGAAAUGGAACUUGUUGAUUAUGCAUUUUUCAAUUAUUUGUCUCAAUUUGAUAAUGAGCUUUUUGUUGAUCCCAUUUAUGAUGGUCCCCGCUUUGGCUGGUGUUCCAUUGGGAUUUUUAGAGGAAUUGGGAGUGCCCCAGAAAUUUCAAAUGUAUUUGGCGGUUACCGGACCAGCAGGCACCGAAUCAGCUACAGUCUAUUUGUUUGAAAGUCGCGCCAGCAUCAACAUAGAUAACACAUUCAGGUUCACAAGGGCUCGUAGUCGACUGAUUUAUUAUACUGGGACGUUGGCAUUGAAUUGUAUGAUCUAUACAUUGUUCAUAUUCAAAGUACCCGAAGAUCAGGAAGCGGCUAAAUUAGAUAUCUUGAAGUUCAUUCCAUGUCCAACAAGAGAGUUUAUUACGGAACCAGCGUUUGUGCCUGCCGAUCAAGAGUGGUCCAAUUUUAUGCUAAUGUGUUUGAUACCUAUUUUCUUAGCGAUUGGGGCAUCUCAAUUUCUAUUUUUCUUUUCUCUCUCCGUAUAUUAUCUGUUCGUUUGCAAGUUAUCCUUCUCGAUAUCUCAUCAGACCCGAAAAAUGCAACUAUGUUUUUUUCUGGGAAUUCUGGCUCUAGUUCUUAUUCCAUUUGUCAUUCAGGCAUUUCCUUAUGUUGUAAUCACUGUUAUGAUGAAAAAUGACAAGCUGACGCAGGCUAUGACGAAUAUAUAUUUCAUAGUUUUCGGAAUGCAUGGAUGUGUCGGGAGUGUUGUGAUUCUAUUUGUGCAUAAAGGAUAUCGAAAUACUAUUUUCCGGUUUUUU